AAGACAUCUUCUUGUUUCAUAACAUCAAAACAUGUAUAUAUGAUGCUGUAAUGAUAUAAUAUGGACCCUGUCGAAUCAAACACGAGCAAAGAACAUUGUAUUAUUGUUUCGCCAAGGCAGCGUGGUAAUCCUCUGAUAAGACAUUUUAAAAAUAUAAAGUGGGUGGAAGGAGAUACUCAAUACGAUUAUAAAAUAACGGAUUCAAUACAAGUUUUGUUUCUAUCGUUGAAGUACCAUCGUAUGCACAGAGGUUAUAUAAUAACAAGGCUGAAGCACUUAAGGUCAUAUAAAGUAAGGAAUCCAUUUAUUAUAUGUCAAGUAGAUAUAGCUGAACCACAGGAGGAGAUAUCCGAACUGACCAUCAUAACUUUUACUCUGGGUUACAGAAUUUUACUUAGUUGGGGCCCACGUGAAAGUGCAACUAUUUUGGAAAUACUUAAACUGGAUGGUCAUAAGGGAUUGGAAUUCCUUAACAGAAAAGAGGAAAAGACACAAUUAGAAACCGUUCAAGGGAUCAUAGCAGCAAUAAGAAACGUAAACAGUACAGACGCUGUAAAAAUAUCUAGAACGGCAAGCACAUUUAAAGAAAUUCUUCGUUGUACAGCAGAUACACUUGGCGGUAUACCAGGCCUUGGCAAACGGAAAGUAGAGUCCAUCAUUUCGGCAUUCAACGAUAGCUUCUUUUAAUGAGUUGUCU